UUAACUUUAAGUUAAUUCAUUAUAAAUAUAAAUUUAAAAAAACAAGUCUUCAAACGCAUAGUAUUAUCGCAGCAAACAUGUAUUAUUACUUUAUAUACAUUGUAUGCGUAUAUUUCCUUAGGAAUACCGCACUGGGCAAUUCAGACGCUACUGCAACCUGGAAGAAUGAAGAAAACUGCGGUACAACGAUGUACGACAACGACAGCGUGGAAAUAGGAAAAGGAGAAAAAUACACUGACAAGCCUGGACUGGCCCCAUGGCUAGCUAGGCUUGGGGUGGUCAACAUCGACACCCAAGAACCAUUCUUCCACUGUGAAGGAUCUCUGAUUAGCAGGCAAAUUGUGAUAUCGUCGGCUCACUGCGGUACUGCUAACCAAGUGGCGAGGUUAGGAGAGAACAACAUAGACGAAAACGUUGAUUGCAAAGUAUCUGUAUGUCCCCCACCCCCUCAGGAUAUCAAGAUACGGACUCAGGUUCUCGGCAAUAAUCAUUGCAACAAGACCAACAGAUAUGAUAUAUUAGUAAUAGGUCUCGAAACACCAGUGGAGUACAAUGAUUUUGUUCGACCCAUUUGUGUUUCUGGGGCAGCACUGCCAAUGAAAGGGCGUAUGAUUAUAUCAGGAUUCAGUGUGUCACAUAUGGAAACUAGGGACGACAAAAAGAAUGUAUUUGAAUCUGAAAAAAAAUUAACGUACGCCGAGGCUCGAAUUUUAGAGAAACAAAAAUGCGACGCAGUAUACGCCCAGGAGCUGGAUGAGGGCCAGUUAUGCGUGGGGUAUUCGAAAGGAGUUAAGGAGCCCUGCGCAGGAUCUCCAGGGGGGGCGCUGAUCGUGUACCAAAAGGAGAAGGGGGUGAAGCGGGCAUAUCUGAUGGGCGUUGCUUAUUACGAUCUAGAGACGUGCGAAUCGGGCGGAAUUCGUCCAGUUUCUUACUCUAUCCUCGGGGUUCUUGGUGGAAUCGCUAUAAUAGUUACAAUAGUUGCGGGAACCCUAGUAAUAAUAAAUGGAAUAAAAAAAUUAUUUAGUGGAUGA